UCCCUCCUGAAGGAAUUCCUCGCCAAAGGUGCAAGCGCAACAACCACAGACCAUAAUCUCGACACUCCGCUGCAUCAUGCAGCGCAUUGUUCUUUUACGGAAGUCUUGCUGGAGCAUGGUGCAGACAUCAACGCAACAAAUCGCCAAGGGCACAGUCCCCUCUACACAGCGUGUAAACACAACCGCCUCGAUGUAGCAAAAUUACUCUUGUCGCGGGGCGCAGACGUCAACGCUAUUGUCAGGGACGAGCACUGGCUAUCGCUCAUGUUCCUAGUCAUCGAGACAUAUUGGCAUGACUGUGGCGGGGCUUUGUCACCCCGUCUUCAAUUGGCAGACCUCCUCCUAGGUCACGGCGCGGACGUGCACGCUGCAACAAAGGAUGGGACCACAGUUCUACACAAGGCCGUGCAGUUCAUAGAUGCUGCGCUGGUGCGCCAUCUAGUUGAACGUGGCGCUGACGUUCAUGCCACUACUGCAGCGGGACAAAGU